CGAGACUCCCACAACAACGACGGACAUUGUUUAUCUGGCCAUUCGCUCCUACAAUGAUUCUCUGAUACGGUCGAGUUCCUUUAAUACUGGAAUGCUUCGUACGAUCAGCCAAGUUGGCUUCCCUUUGUCUGCCCCGAAGGCGGCUUCCCAACGCCUUACGCGGGAUCUUCUUCCCACGCCCCCAGUUGCUGCAACGCCCCUGUCUGAUCAGCCUCACAUUUCUCUCAAGAGCACAUUCCCGGGUUCCUCCCAAGUAUAGACGAUCAUCUCUUGAACCUCCGUCUCCAACCCGACGUACUACGUCGAGCUCCCUCGCCGAUCAGUCUCUUUCCAAUAACCAAAACAUCCACAUUCUACCAGCGCCGAAGCUUGAUUUCAGCCGGCGAAGGUCGUCAAAUUUUCUCAUCUACGAUCCCAGUGUAUCCAAUUUCUCAGGCUUCAAACCCUUACCUAACCCGCCGACCGGAUCUCAACCAAUGAAGUUCUACUACCAGUUUCUUACCACCCCCACCGCCGAUACUCCCGGCACGACAGUUCUGCUCUGUUUUCCCGAUAAGAGAUAUUUGUUUGGCCAGAUAUCGGAGGGGACUCAGCGUGCUUGUGCGGAGAGGGGGGUCAAGCUGUCAUACUUGACUGAUAUCUUCCUCACGGGACGGAUGCAAUGGUCCAAUAAUGGCGGUCUGAUCGGGGUUAUGCUUUCGCAGGCAGACGCCCUUGCUAGUGCCACUGCAGCGGUAGAAGAGGCUGCGCGUGAGAAGGAAGAGCGACGGAAAGCGCGUGGGAUUGUCGGUCAGAAUGACGCACAUAAGCCACAGACGAAAGUUCAACACGGUGUGCCGUAUGCGGUGCGUGAUGGACAGACGGUGGUGCAACGAGGCCACUUGACUGUUCAUGGAGGUAAGAACUUGACGCAUACAGUAGCCACUACGCGCAGGUUUAUCUUCAGGCAGGGCAUGCCAGUGUUCACGCAUGAAUAUGAUUCCGAGAAUACAAAGCGUGAUUCUGCCGAGACAGAGGAUCCAUUUCAGCAACCCACGUGGUCGGAUAGCAAUAUCAAGGUAUGGGCUAUACCCGUCAGCCCUUUCAUACGGCAGGAUUCCAAAGACGUGCCGUUGCGGCCUCAAAGCCCAAGGAAGCGGAGUCAUGACGAAUUCGAAGAACCUGAUACAGCUGGGAAGUCUCUCGACAGGCGUGCCAGGGACAAAUUGAUUAGAGAGUCUGUGGUCUCUGAUAUGUUUAAUUCAACGUGGAGGAUGGAUGCUUUGACCGAGACACCGCUUGCUGAGGUCCGGAUGCCCGCGACCAUGUUCGUACGUAAUCCAGUGACGAAAGAUUUCGAAAGGUAUACCGGCCCAGUACCUGGAGGCAAGGAACCACUGCCUGACAUUAAGGUUUAUGUCCGACAGCCUUGGCCAGCUGUGCUUGUUGAGAAACUACCGCCAACAACCUGGUCCAAAGAGGCUCUCUCUUACGUUGUCCGUAACCAGGAUCUUAGGGGGAAGUUCGAUCCGAAGAAAGCGCAAGAGCUCAAGGUUAAAAAGGGCCCGGAUUACCAACGUCUGACCCGUGGUGAAAGUGUGCUGUCUGAGGAUGGGAAGACAGUUACCCCUGAUAUGGUUCUGGGUCCGCCGCGACUUGGCAGAGGUAUUGCCUUUGUUGAGCUACCGGCACCUGAGUAUGUCGAAAAUUUGGUCAAUCGGCCGGAGUGGAAGUCACCCUCUGUGAUGACCGGACUUGAAGCUUUCGUCUGGAUUCUUGGUCCCGGUGUUGGGGAUCAUCCUAAGCUCCGUAACUUUGUAGCGAGCAUGUCUCAUUGCAAGCACAUCGUGUCUAGUACGGAUUACUGUCCGAACUACCUAGCCCUUGCUAGUGUUGCAGAAUCAUCAAUACGACUGGCUCGGCUGAAAGGUGACAGUUAUUCUGUGCCUGUUCACGAUAAUGUGACUCUCCCGCAGCCAGGCACUCUAACAGCGGAUUCGGACACUGUGAAGGCUGCUGUUCAAGACUCACCAUUCGAGCCUGCAGAACCCGGCUUGCUCAUUGAUAUGGAGCCCAACUUUGGGCUAAAUCGCACUAACGUAGUACCGCGUCUAAAUCCAGCAAUGACUAUGCAAAGGAUCCCUCGCAGUGUUGAGACGAGGAUGAGUGCCAUUCGUCGUCGAAUCAACAAGCCAGAGUUCAAGCGGACAUUGGAGAAGCUAGAAGAGGAGCUUCCUGGUGGCGAUACUGAAAUCAUCACCUUAGGUACGGGGUCUUCUGUGCCAUCCAAAUAUCGCAAUGUCUCUGCCACGCUAGUACAUGUGCCUGAGUCUGGCUACUACCUGCUGGAUUGUGGUGAGAACACCCUCGGCCAACUGAAACGAGUAUUUGAGCCCGAGAAGCUUCGACAGAUGCUGCAGAACCUGCGGGUGAUUUGGAUUAGCCAUCUUCACGCGGACCAUCACCUCGGCACGGCCUCCCUCAUUAAAGCUUGGUAUGAUGCUAAUUAUGGAGAUGGCGCAUUAUCGCCGUCCGCCUCGUUAUCUACCAAUUCAAUUGAACUUGGCAUGGCACGCAUCCUAGAAGAGAAACGGCUGUUCCUCGUGUCGGACAGGAUGAUGAUCGAGUGGUUACAGGAAUAUGCAUCUGUCGAGAACUAUGGGUUUGAGAAGUUGGUUCCUCUAUCUGCGUAUAAUGAAAUGGGAGAGAACGGUGUCAUUCGAUCGAGUUUCGUUUAUCAUCACGUUCGUGGCGAUGGUACUUAUCCUGGCCGGGAAUAUGAAUGGAAUAAGCCGGUUAUGACUACACUUCGCUUCCAGGAUGAGACCUCCCCCUUGACUCCUCUCCUUCGCUCGGCCACUGGUCUUUCUGACCUCCUCACCGCCAGAGUCCCUCAUUGCCGUGGAUCCUUGGGCGUCUCCCUUGUCUUCCCGAAUGGAUUCAAGCUCUCGUACUCGGGCGAUUGCAGGCCUUCGGCAAACCUCGCCUCUAUCGGCCAGGGCUCUACCCUUUUAAUUCAUGAAGCCACAUUCCAGGAUGAUAUGCAAGGCUCCGCCAUCGCCAAAAAACACUCUACGACUUCUGAGGCUCUCGAAAUUGGGCGCCUGAUGGGAGCUCGCACCGUCCUGUUGACGCACUUCAGCCAGCGCUACCAGAAAAUAGCACAAGUGGAUCAGCGUAUGGGUACUACCAAGCGUGAGGAAGAUCUUUCUUGUGCUCCCGACUUAACCGUCAAGAGGCACGCACAUCCGGACAUUCCAUGCGACAAUGAGGACGAGGAUGAUGUUUCCGCACUCCACAAACCUUCCGGACAGGGACUUAGUCUUCCCCGCCGGGCGGCCACGAAUAAACCUCGCCCCAGAGCCCCCGUCGCUGUCUCAUUUGACUACAUGCGCGUUCGUGUGAAGGACAUUCCCGUUGCUGAAGCUUACGCACCUGCCAUCGAAAAGCUCUUCUCUAUCCUCGAACUCGCAUCCGUCCAGGAAGCUGAGAAGAUGAAACAUCUGCGUUUGGAGGAAGAGAAUAAAAAAGUCGAGAGCAAGAAGAGCAAACAGAAGAACCAGAAGAACCAGAAGAAAAAGGAGGCUGCAUCUACGGCUGGCGCAGUUGCAGUUGCAGCUGCUAUUGGUGUUGGUAUCGCUACGGAUGAGACAGAACCAAAGAAGGCUGUCUCGGUUUGGAGUGCUAGUGAAAGUGAGAGCGGAUGGAGUGAUGCUGAAUAAAGUGAGGAUGCAGGCAUAAUUCUGAAAAUUAUAUAUUUCUUGAAUCCAAUGGCAUGAAAGCUAUUUAGAUCAGCUAUACUUCAGCCUCUAACAACAAACUGUAGGGCUGGAUGAUCCCAGGACGCUGAAUGGGCUCAGUUGAUCGAGGUCCAGAGCCAAGGGUGUUGAGGUCAGACAGUGAUCUUUCUUCGAGAUGCUGGUGUUUGGCUUGGAUUUGGAGUUUGGCAGAAUACACUAUGUAAAUUUUCCUUCGACAAGGUGGUAUUACUCAAUGGUUAUCAAUCCGGAAAGACUCGAAGAUACCUAAGAGGCGGGGCAAUGACGAGAAGUGCCUGACGAAAACCACAUGACGAGGGGUCUUGGCAAUGAGCUUUUUGUUAGAGGUCACGUGUAUUCUGCCAUAUUAGACCGCCCUCGCUUGGCCUGACACACUAAAAUAGCUAGACCAACCUAGAUAGAUACAAUACAAGCAAGUUG